AUGAUCCUCUUAAGGUUAUCCUUAAUGGUUCUUAUUAUAUCCUUUGUGGCUACCAAAACAACUUCUUCAACUGAGAGACAAGCAUAUGUGAUUCACAUGGACAGAACCAAGCUCCCUUCAACACAAUGGUAUGAAUCCCUCAUCAAUUCAGUUGCCGAAACCCCGUCACAAGAUCAUGAAGAAGAAGAAGAAGAACAAACGAUGCAAAGUAGUAGUCCAGAGCUUCUGUACGCAUACAACACGGUGGUGUCAGGAUUCUCCGCAAAGCUCUCUGCCUCAGAGCUCCAAUCCCUGACCAAAACCAACGGCUUCCUCACCGCGAUCCCGGACGAAAUGCUGAUCCUCCACACCACCCACACUCCCAAAUUCCUCGGCCUGGAGCUCGGCAAGGGGCUAUGGAGUCCUUCAAGCUUGGCCUCCGACGUAAUCGUCGGGAUUCUCGACACCGGAAUCUGGCCUGAACACCCUAGCUUCCAGGACAGAGGACUGCCUCCGUUGCCGCCGUCCAGAUGGAAAGGCCAAUGCGAAACCGCAACCAAAUUCUCACUUUCCAAUUGUAACAACAAGUUAAUCGGCGCAAUGUACUUCUACAAGGGUUACGAAUCCGUCGCGGGAAGGAUCAACGAGACGGUGGACUACCGUUCCCCUCGUGACUCCAACGGCCACGGCACCCACACGGCUUCCACCGCCGCCGGCGGGCUUGUAGGAAGCGCCAAUUUUUUGGGGCUGGCGAAUGGUUCUGCCGCCGGGAUGAAGUACACGGCGAGAAUUGCUGCCUAUAAGGUCUGCUGGGCUUUGGGGUGUACGAAUUCGGACCUUCUGGCCGCCAUGGAGCAAGCGGUGAAAGAUGGAGUUGAUGUCCUGUCCCUCUCUUUGGGUGGCGCCCCGAAGCCGUUUUACAACGACAAUGUGGCGAUUGCUUCGUUUGGAGCUGUUCAAAAUGGGGUUUUCGUUUCCUGCUCGGCGGGGAAUUCAGGACCGGCGAGUUCCUCUGUUUCCAAUGUCGCGCCGUGGAUUAUGACCGUGGCGGCUAGCUACACGGAUCGUGGGUUUCCGACCACUCUGUUUUUAGGAAAUGGGGCGAAAUUUGAAGGGUCGUCGCUCUAUUACGGAAAAUCGAUCAAGAAUUUGCCGAUUGUUUAUGCCGGCACUGCCGGCGGGAAGAAGCAGGGAGCCAAUUACUGCAUCAAUGGAUCACUGGAUAAGAAGCUGGUGAAGGGGAAAAUCGUGGUCUGCGACAGAGGACUGAAUGGCAGAGCAGAAAAGGGUCAGAUCGUGAAAUCGGCAAGGGGAGCGGGAAUGAUUCUGGUCAACGGGGAUAGAAACGGCGGCGAGGAGAUGCUCGCCGAUCCCCACGUUCUCCCGGCGACUUCGUUGGGAGCUUCAGCAGGGAAAGAACUGAUGAAUUACAUCGCGUCGAGCAAAGCUCCGACGGCGUCGAUCGUCUUCAGGGGAACGACUUACGGCGCCAAUGCGCCGGUAAUGGCGGCUUUCUCGUCGAGAGGACCGAGUUCCAUCGGCAGGGAAGUGAUCAAGCCGGACAUUACCGCUCCGGGGGUCAACAUUCUCGCCGCCUGGCCGCCGGUGACCGCUCCGACACAGCUGAAGACCGACAAGAGACGCGUUCUGUUCAACAUCAUCUCCGGGACGUCGAUGUCCUGCCCUCACAUCAGCGGGAUCGCUGCGUUGCUGAAAUCAACUCAUCAAAAUUGGUCGCCGGCGGCGAUCAAAUCGGCGAUGAUGACGUCGGCUUACGAUCUCGACAACACGGCGAACCCGAUCGCCGAUUUAGGGUCGUCAUCCUCUGUUUCGGCGACGGCGUUCGCGUUCGGGUCGGGUCACGUCGACCCGGAGCGAGCUUCGGAUCCGGGUCUGGUGUACGAUGUUUCGACGGAGGAUUACCUGAAUUACCUCUGCAGUUUGGAUUAUAACGCGACUCAGAUGUCUGCCGUUUUGUCGGGGAAGAGUUUUGAGUGUCCUGAAGGUUCCGAUUUUCGGCCCGGCGAUCUGAAUUACCCUUCUUUCGCGGUGAAUUUUAAGAGGGGCGGCGGAGGAAGGAAUGAGACGGUGCGGUUUAGGAGGACGGUGACGAACGUUGGGACUGAUGUGUGCAGCUACAGGGUGAAGGUGGAGGAACCGGUUGGAGUUUCGGUGGUGGUAGAGCCGGAGGUUCUGGAGUUUGGGAGGUUGGGGGAGAAAUUGGGGUAUAGUGUGGGGUUUGUUGCGGCGGCCGGAGGUGGGGAUUCCGUUCCGGCGUUUGGGAGUGUUGUUUGGUCGGCGGGGAAGUACUCCGUUCGGAGUCCGAUUGCGGUUACGUGGGAACAACAAUAG